UAGGCUACCGUUGCUUCAGAAAGAAACACGUAACUCUAAACGGCGCAGACAAGAGUUAAAAAAAAAAGAGAUGCGGUGCCUUAUUUUCGGUCAAAGUUAACGGGAAUAGCCUACUAUGUUUGCUCGUGGUCACGAAAGCGAUGCUGCUGUUGUUGUUGUUGCUGCUAGUGUUACUUUGGACCACGACUACUGUGCACGACCAUCGUCUGAAUUGAUUAAAGAAAACAGAGCACCUCGGAUCUUUGGAUCCUCCAAUGGGACCACGGGUGAAGUGGAGGAGAAGAGGCUGGGCUCCGGCUGUAACGUGACUGAAACGCACCAGGUUGACCUGAGACUGCUGGUGAAGGCUGAAUACAGAAAAGAGGAGGAAUAUGAUCAUGUGAUAUCAUGUCUGGUCGAAGAGGAAGAAAAAGAAGAAAAAGAAAAGCCCUUUGCAGAGCCUCCCUGUGAAAUUUCAGACAAUAGGCCUAUAGACGAAACAGACUCUAGCGAUGAAACACUGCAGACAGCAGCGGAGAUUGAAGUGGAGAUUGAGGAGGACGAGCAACAGGAUUAUCUGCUGGAAGAAUUGAUGAAAGAAAACAGAGCACCUUGGAUCUUUGGAUCCUCCAAUGGGACCAUGGGUGAAGUGGAGGAGAAGAGGCUGAGCUGUGACGUGACUGAAACACACCAGGUUGCCCUGAGACUGCUGGUGAAGGCUGACUACAGAAAAGAGGAGGAAUAUGAUGAUGUUAUAUCAUGUCUGGUCAAAGACGAAGAGGAAGAAAAAGAAGAAGAAGAAGAAAAGCCCUUUGCAGAGCCUCCCUGUGAAAUUUCAGACAAUACAGACGAUGCAGACUCUAGCGAUGAAACACUACAGACAGCAGCGGAGAUUGAAGUGGAGAUUGAGGAGGACGAGCAACAGGAUUAUCUGCUGGAAGGUGUAUCAUCAGAACACCCACACUUAAGGCAACAGCAGAUCCACGGACAGAAUGAUGAACUCAACCUGCAACUAAGAGGAAGACUGCACCACUGCACAGUCUGCAGGAAGAGUUUCACGGCCAUGACAGAACUCCAGAAACACCAGCAAACACACUCCGUUAGUGUGAAUGAAAAGCCAUAUAGAUAUGAAUGCACCCAGUGUGGAUGGGCUUUUUCAAAAAGGUCAGAGCUUAAAAGCCACAUACUAAUUCACACUGGAGGGAAGCCUUAUAAAUGUACUCAAUGUGGGAAAACCUUUUCAAAAAUUUCAACUCUUGAACUCCACAUUCUUAAACAUACUGGAGAGGUGCCUCAUUAUUGUACCCAGUGUGACAAAGCUUUUUCAAGAAUGUCAACUCUCGAACGCCACAUGCUAAAACAUACUGGAGAGAAGCCUCAUAAUUGUGCCCAGUGUGGAAAAGCUUUUUCAAAACGUUUAACUCUCGAACGCCACAUGCUAAAACAUACUGGAAAGGUGCUUCAUUAUUGUACCCAGUGUGGAAAAGUUUUUUCAAAAAUGUCAAAUCUCAAACGCCACUUGCUUAAACAUACUGAAGAGAAGCUUCAUAAUUGUACCCAGUGUGGAAGAACUUUUUCAAAAUGUUUAGCUCUUGAACGCCACAUGCUAAUGCAUACUGAAGAGAAGCUUCAUAAUUGUACCCAGUGUGGAAGAACUUUUUCAAAAUCUUCAACUCUCGAACGCCACAUGCUUAAACAUGCUGAAAAGAAGCCUCAUAAUUGUACCCAGUGUGAAAAAGCUUUUUCAACACUUUUAACUCUCAAACGCCACAUGCUAAUACAUACUGGAGAGAUGCCUCAUUAUUGUACCCAGUGUGGAAGGGCUUUUUUAAUAAUGUCAUCUCUCGAACGCCACAUGCGAAAACAUACUGGAGAGAAGCCUCAUAAUUGUGCCCAGUGUGGAAAAGCUUUUUCAACACUUUUAACUCUUGAACGCCACAUGCUAAUACAUACUGGAGAGAUGCCUCAUUGUAUCCAGUGUGGAAGAGCUUUUUUAACAAUGUCAACUCUCGAACGCCACAUGCUAAAACAUACUGGAGAGAAGCCUCAUAAUUGUGCCCAACACAAGGAUACAUUUGGAACAUUCAAAGUUCUUGAAGGCCACAUGCUAACACGUACUGGAGAGAAGCUUCAUCAAUGCGUCUGAUGUGGAAGACCUUUUUCCACAAAUUUCACAUCUUAAACGGCACAUAUACACACACUGGAGAGGACCCUCAUCGAUGUCACCAGUGUGGAAAAGUUUUUCCGAAAAUUUCCAUUUCCACAAAUGAAUACACAUCGGAAAGCGCCAAUGUGUCCAGUGUGGAGAAGCUUUUCACACAAUUAGCAAGUCUAAAAAUCCACAUGCUAAUCCAUACGGAAGAGAAGCCUCGUGAAUGUAUCCCGUGUGGAAAAGCUUUCAUUAUCAUCCUCAACUCUUAAAAGCCACAUGCUUAUACACACUGAAGAGAAGCCUUGUGAAUGUGACCAAUGAGGCAAGGCUCUGUUAACUCGUGAUUGACAGUGCAGAAAUAACCGGUAACGUGUUUUAAUUAUGUGAUUAAAAGACUAUUUAAUUCAUUUGAUGCAAUUCUUGU